CAAGCCACGGGUACCAAACUAGUAUAAGUAGAUGCAGCAACAGGUAACAGAAUUCGCAAACGCAGGCUCCGACACUCACGCCGAACGCAAACAGAGUGAAUUAACCGCCGCAGAAAUGGGGCACGAACUCUGGGUGCUAUGGGCAACGCUUGCCGUCUCGCUCCUCUGCUACCUCUACCUGACCAGCCACCGCCUGGGCUCCCGACGGCGCCGGUGGCCGCCUGGCCCCCGGCCGCUCCCACUCCUCGGCAACCUCCUGGACCUGCGUGGCGGCAACCUCCACCACACGCUCGCGCGCCUCGCCCGCGCCCAUGGCGCCCCCGUCAUGCGCCUCCAGCUGGGCCUCUCCCCGGCCGUGGUCAUCUCCUCGCCGGGCGCCGCAAGGGAGGCGUUCACCGCGCACGACCGGCGCCUCGCCGCCCGCGCCGUGCCGGACGCCAACCACGCGCUGGGCUUCUGCGACCGGUCCAUGAUCUGGCUCCCCAGCGCGGACCCGAUGUGGCGGACCCUGCGCGGCGUCGUGGCGGCGCACGCCUUCUCGCCGCGCGCGCUCGCCGCGGCGCGCGCCGUCCACGAGCGCAAGGUGAGGGACCUCGUGGCGUACCUCCGCGGGCGCGCCGGGCGGGAGGUGGACGUCAAGGACGCCGUGUACGGCGGCGUGCUGAACCUGGUGUCCAGCGCGCUCUUCUCCGCCGACGUGGUGGACGUGGGCGGCGAGUCGGCGCAGGGGUUCCGGGAGCUCGUGGAGGAGCUGAUCGAGUCCAUAGCCAAGCCCAACGUGUCCGACCUCUUCCCGUUCCUCCGUCGGUUCGACCUGCAAGGGUGGCGUCGCUGGACAUCCGGGCACCUGGCCAAAAUCUACAAGGUCCUGGACGACAUAAUCGACCGCCGGUCGGCCGAGGACGACGCCGCCAUGGACAAGCGCGGAGACUUCCUCGACGUGCUGCUGGAGCUCAUGUCCACGGGCAAGAUCGCGCGGGAGUACCUGACGAACAUCCUGUUCGACGUCUUCACCGCCGGGAGCGACACCAUGUCGCUGACGGUGGUGUGGGCGAUGGCCGAGCUGCUCCGCAACCCGGGCGUCAUGGCGAAGGCACGGGCGGAGAUCGACGCCGCACUCGGCGGCAGGGAAGCGGUCGAGGAGGCCGACGUGGCGCGGAUGCCGUACGUCCAGGCCGUGCUGAAGGAGGCGAUGCGGCUGCACCCGGUGGCCCCCGUGAUGCUGCCGCGCAAGGCCGCGGAGGACGGCGUCGAGAUCGGCGGAUUCGAGGUGCCCAGGGGCUGCGCCGUGAUCUUCAACACGUGGGCGAUCAUGCGCGACCCGGCGGCAUGGGAGCGGCCCGACGAGUUCGUGCCGGAGCGGUUCGUGGGCCGCAGCCGCGCUACGGAGGAGAUGGACUUCAGGGGGAAGGACUUCGGGUUCCUCCCGUUCGGGUCGGGGCGGAGGCUGUGCCCCGGCGUGCCGAUGGCGGAGCGGGUGCUGCCCCUCAUCAUGGCGUCGCUGCUGCACGCGUUCGAGUGGCGGCUGCCGGACGGCAUGUCGGCGGAGCAGCUCGACGUGAGCGAGAAGUUCACCACCGCCAACGUCCUGGCCGUCCCUCUCAAAGCCGUUCCGGUCGUGAUCGCCUGCUAGCUAUUUUUUUCUAUAUGCACUCUCUGUGAUUGUAGCCCUAAUUAAUGAUCUAGCCACUUCACUGUACUUCUCAUCUAAAUUUAAAACCAGUAAUUCAAACAUACAGUACCUGAGUGCCGUAA